AUGCCUCCUACUCCAAUGUGCGGGACAAUACCAACCCACGUCUGCGCCGAUCUACCGCUCGAACGCGACCUAUCAGAGGAGACCCAGGCUAUUAUUGCGGUCACUCAAGGGUUUCUUGCAGCACUGAAUACAAAGUCUCGAGUGGACUUUGAGAAACACUGCAUUCGGGCUGGGGGCAUGUCCCUCGCACCUCCGUCACCUACUGCCUUACGCUUCUGCACAAUUGGCUCUUUCAUUGAGCAUGUGGCCACGCUGAAAGACACUAUUGAUGAGCGCAUCUGGAAUCCUGAAGUCAAAAUCCACGAAGCUGGUAACCUUGCCACCGUGUGGGCUCCUUUUCGGGCUAAGAUAAAUGGGGUUGUGGACCAUGUCGGGGUGGAACUAUUCGUACUGCAUAAACUGAAUGGGGAGUGGAAAGUGACUGGAUUGGCAGAUUCUUGUCGACUGCCAACUGAGGAAGAAAUGAAUAUGGAAUAG